AUGGCUAAGCAAAUCAACAUAGAGAGUGAUGCUCAAGAAAACCUCCUUACCUCAUCUUCCUCCUCCACCUCCUCAACAACAACAACUUCUGAUUCUUUGGCUGAUAAAAACACUCAAAACUCAGAGAAUUGUACAUCUCAAAAAGGCUCAUCAAUAAAUGGGCAAGAAGAACCAAACAAUGAGAAUGAGCAAGACAACAGCAAGAAGAAGAAGAGGCAGAGAAGCAGUGAUCAGAGUGAUGGCAAGCACCCGACAUACCGCGGCGUAAGAAUGCGUAGCUGGGGAAAAUGGGUGUCCGAAAUCCGAGAGCCAAGGAAGAAAUCAAGAAUAUGGUUAGGGACAUACCCAACAGCUGAAAUGGCAGCUAGAGCUCAUGAUGUGGCAGCUCUAGCCAUCAAAGGUGCUUCUGCUUUUCUCAAUUUCCCUGAAUUGGCUCAAACACUUCCCCAGCCAGACUCCAAGUCUCCAAAGGACAUUCAAGCUGCUGCUGCUAAGGCUGCAGCAGCUGCAGCUGAUGCUUCUGAGGAAAAGCAGAUUAUUUGUGAAACAGAGGCUGAAGAAACAGAGCCCAGCAGCAAAGUCAAGCUUCCCAUGUCCUCAAAUUCAACUUUGUCCAUGGACAACAUUAAUGCUCAAGAAUCAACUAGUACUUGUGCUUCAACUGAUUAUGAUGAUGACAAGUUGUUUGACCUUCCAGAUCUUUUCAUGGAUGGCACAAAUGGAAGUGAUCAGUUUUGCUAUUCUACUUCUUCAACAUGGCAUUUGUGUGCAGCUGACACUGGAUUCAGGCUAGAGGAUCCCUUCUUGUGGGAGUAUUAG